AUGUUUGCCCUUAAAACACUUGCCAAUUUAUGUACUACUCAAUCAACUUUUCAACAUUCAAUACGUACGGCAAAAGUUUUUAAACCGAAUUUACUUCUUUCAAAACACCGAAACAUAAAAGUUCAAGAUGGUCAAUGGGUAGAAAAAGAUGCCGUAUUAACCUUGCAAAACAAUCUCGUUCUUUAUCCCGGUGAAAAUACCUCUAUCGCACAUGACUAUACAAUCCGAGCGAAUGUACCUGGUUUCGUUGUGCUAACAACUGAAUCAGUCAAACCAUACCCACACAGUCCAUUAUAUCGUUAUGUCAAUAGUGGCAAUGAUGUGAAACGAAAUUUUAUUCACAUUUUUUCAUAUGAAAGGAAUGAUUGUCUCCCACGGCAAAUCGAGCGACGAAAGAUCCCAUUGAAGAAAAUUAGUCCAUAUCAAAUUAAAUUACGAAAUCAAACUGUAUGCUUCCGAGACUUGGUUCUUCGUUAUCUACAUACUCAACUUCAUCAGACGGAAAAUUUGUCGAAUUUCGUCUGCUAUGAUUGUUCAUUGGUCCUGUUGGACAUUGAACAAUGUGCAAAAUACUUACGAAAAACAAUCAAUCAAUUGAAAGUGAAGUUCAACAAGACCAAUCGUCUUCGUACCGCAUCUUUAUCGGCAACGUUUCAAAAGAAGAGGCAACAACAAGAUCCGGCUGUUAAAGAUGAACAACUGCCAAUCAAUCAGUCAGAUUCAGAAGACGAGUUUGACGACAUUGAUGAUGAAGAAGAAUUUGAUGAAGAGCAAGAUGAUUCACAUACACCGAACUUAUCUACCAAUGCACCAGUUUCUCAGUCAUCGAAAUCUCUUCUUUACAUGCCGUCAUCAUCAUCUUUCAAAGGUGAUUCUUCAUCGAAGGUUCAUACAACUACUAAUCGUUCGUGCAAUGCUGAUGAAGACGAAGACGACGAUGAUGAUGGUGAUGAUGACGAUGAAGGUGAACGAAGAAAAGCUUCAAUUGAGAAAUCUCAACAACAAAACUUCAAUGAAUUAUUUCAUCGUUUACAAACAAACCCUAUGAAUGCUCUAUCCGGUUCAAAUGGUCUCAUAACAACAGGUAAUGCAAUGAAUCUAUCGGAUGACACCAAUCCAAAUCUGCUUCAAAUGCGUCUUGCACACAUGCUGGCCACAGCAUCGACUAAUUCAACGCAGCCAAAUCCGAUGAUGAAUACGUUUGCUAAUAUGCACAGAAAUUUGUUCUUACAAUUUUUAAAUGAUCCUGUGGCAGCUGCUCAAGCAGCACAAGCCGCAGCUGUAGCCGUUUCAGCGACACAAAUCAAUGCUAAUCUACCACCAAUGUCAUUGAUUGCAUCGAACGUGAAACAAUUAGGAAGUGGCCGAAAAAGAAAGUCGACGCCUGAAAAACGCGUCGUAACAAAUCAUCAAUCAACGAAUAACAAUGGCGAUAUGUCACCAAAGCUCGAACACGACUCAACCAAUACUACUACUACUAAUAAUGGUAUUCACGAUCUUGCUGAACAUCCGCUGAAAUUAGCUCUAAAAAGUCUUCAACAAACCAAUCAAAUGUUGUCGACGCCAGAUGUUCGCAAUCUCGCGGCAAGUCCAAAAUUGGAAAAUGGUAGUUCAUCGUAUUCUCAAAAUUACACCAAUGCGUAUCAAUCUAUCGAUGAAAAGCGCCGAGAGGGUGCGGCACCGAAUGAUUCGUCGUUAUCUCUUUCUCCAUCGUUGCUUCGUCGAAAUACAUCUUCGUCUAAACGCCGAAAAAUCUCCACACCAACAGGUCAAUACGAUUAUUCGAGCGAUUCGAAAAAUCAUCUUUCUCAAAUGUCAACAAGCGAUUUACUUUCACCGAAUCAUCAAACAACAUCAAACGAUGAUCUCAAUGGAAGUAGUCAACAGAAACAACAACGCAAAUUAGAUCCACGUUCAUGUGCCGAAUGUGGUAAAACCUUAUUCAGUGAUAAAACACAUCUACUUCACUGUCAAACACACGCAAAAAACGAAAAACAAUGCUGGAUUUGUGGAAUAACCGAUGAUGAUAUUAAAAAGCAUAUUAUCAGCGAACAUGGAAAUCAAAAGUUCACAAAUACUGGUUUCAAAUGUCAACAUUGCGAAAAAGUGUUUCCCGUCUAUGCUGAUUUGGAAAUGCACAUGCGAGAGCAUACCAAGAAAAAACCGUUCGAAUGUCCGAUUUGUAACAAACGCUUUGGUCAACAAGGAAAUCUAAGCUGCCACUUACGAAUACACAGUGGUGUUAAGCCAUUUACUUGUACCCAUUGUGGUAAAGCGUUUCGCCAUUCGAAUAGUUUACGACGUCAUGCACGCACUGUUCAUUCAGUAUCGCGUGGCUUGGCAAUGAGUCCAGGUUCAGGUGCUACCACAACAACGGCCACACCAUCGUCACUUCUUCUGACCACGGCUACAUCUAGUAAUUCAAUGGUAUCAAUGGCAAACGAUAUACAUCGGUUGAGUACAAGUGAAGCAUAUGAUGAUGGCAAUUCAGAACUGAUGAUUCCAUCGGACGAUGCAGAAUCGCUACAAGGUCCGCCGUCAACAUCGUCCGCUGGUGCACCGUCACCUUUAAUGUCCAAUGCACAAAUCGAUGAAGAUUCCCACGAAUAG